ACACUCGCUCGCUCAGUGGCUCAGUGGCAGCCACUUUUUUGUGAUAUAUUUUUGCUUGUCGUAAUAAUAUCAAGAGAACCAUUGCGUGUUUUCGCCACUAAAUUCAGGUGUUAGUUUUGCGCGCCCACGACCAAGUGAACAUACCUAAAGCCACACCAAAUAGCUGCGCAACAUUUGCCAAGCAGCCAAAUCCAAAUCCAAUCGACGUCGUCGUCGUCUACGUCCCCCAAUUAGCGACCCUCGUUAAACUGCGCUGCGCAAAUGACCGUUGGCACUUGUCGGACGGCAAAAUAGAGAGACAAACCAGGAGAAAGAUCUCCAGCAAUGGAUGAUUUGUCGCAGGGCGACAUAUGUCGCGUGUGCCGCUGCGAGGCGCAGCCGGAUCGGCCACUCUUCUAUCCGUGCAUUUGCACGGGCAGCAUUAAGUACAUCCAUCAGGACUGCCUGAUGCAAUGGAUGCGCUACUCUCACAAGGAGUACUGCGAGCUGUGCGGCCAUCUGUUCAGCUUUCAGCCCAUCUAUUCACCGGAUAUGCCGCGCGUGCUGCCCGUCAAGGAUGUGCUGGUCGGGCUCAUGUCUGCGGUGCUGGAGGGCGCCCGCUGCUGGCUGCACUACUCGCUGGUGGGCCUCGCCUGGUUCGGACUGGUGCCGCUGUCCGCAUAUCGCACCUAUCGCUAUCUCUUCCGGGCCAACUCCUUUGACAUGAUCCUCUCGCUGCCGUUUGACAUCUUCUCCAUGGACAAUCUGCCAUCGGAUGCGUUCCGCGGCUGCUUUGUCGUCACCUGUACGCUGCUCUCCUUCAUUGGUCUCGUCUGGCUGCGGGAGCAGAUUCUGCAUGGAGGCGGACCCGAUUGGCUCGAACGCGACGAUGCCCCAGCAGCCGCUCAACCCGCUGCAGCGGCGGCUGCAGCUCCAGCACCUGCCGCCGCUCCACCAGCCGAUGCGGCAGCCGCUGCUGCUGCCGCCCAGGAUGACAACAACAAUGGCGAGGCGCCGCAGGAUUUGCCCAUGGACAAUGCAGCACCAGCCCCAGCCGACAACGCAGGCGAUGCCCAAGGCGCAGCCGGAGAUCCAGCAAAUGCAGCAGCCGCAGCCGCUCCAGGAGAAGCCGAUGCCGACGAACAGAACUGGAACCCCAUGGAGUGGGAUCGUGCAGCCGAGGAGCUCACCUGGGAGCGUCUCCUGGGUCUAGACGGUUCACUGGUGUUCCUGGAGCACGUCUUCUGGAUCAUUUCGCUCAACACGAUGUUCAUCUUUACGUUCGCUUUCUGUCCGUAUUGCGUGGGCAACUUCAUACUCAGCUCCAUGGACCUGCUGCAGCCGGAGAAGCCUUUGCUGCACUUCCACGGCCUGAUUACGACGCUCUUUGGCUACUGCUGCAUUGGCCUGACGCUCGUCGUGCUGCACUUUCUGGCUAGGAUCUUUUGCAUGCGUCGCGUCUGCUGGUUCAUCGGCCUGUGCUACAUUGUGGUGAAGGUCUCGCUGCUCUCUGUCGUGGAGAUUGGCGUGCUGCCGCUCGUCUGCGGCUGGUGGCUGGACAUUUGCUCGCUGCCGCUGCUCGAUGCCAGUCUAAAGGAUCGCAAGGCGAGCUUCAAGGCGGCACCAGGCACCUCACUCUUCAUCCACUGGAUGUUCGGCAUGGUUUAUGUCUACUACUUUGCUGCGUUCAUUUCGCUGCUGCGCGAGGUGCUGCGUCCCGGCGUGCUCUGGAUCUUUCGCAAUGUCAACGAUCCGGACUUUAGUCCCAUUCAGGAGAUGAUCCAUGUGCCCAUUGUGCGGCACAUAAGGCGACUCGUGGCUUCCGCCAUGAUCUUUGGCUUUUCUGUGCUGCUUAUGCUGUGGCUCCCCAUACGCAUUCUGCAGGUGGCCUGGCCGAAUUUCUUGCCCUAUGCUUUGAGCGGUGAUGCGGCGGUCAAUGAUUUGAGUCUGCAACUGCUGCUGCUGCAGAUUGUCUUGCCUGGAUUCUUUGAGCAAACCCAAACGCGCAUCUGGAUGAAGGCCGUGCUCCGCAUCUGGUGCACGGCUGUCUCCUGGCUUCUGGGCAUACGCAGCUACCUCUUGCCCGCGCCGGAGCCCGAGCCGCCUGCUGCUGCCGAGGGCGAGGGCGUGGACGCUGCUGCCGUUGAGAAUGCCAAUCCGGAUGUGGCGCCACAGGCACCGCCACCACCACCGCCGCCACCUGUGGAUCCGUUUCCCAUACAUUUGCGAAAUCUGGCCGCCGCACAUCAAGCCAUCAUGCAGCGGGAUGCCCCUGUGGGCUUCCAGCCGUACGAGAAGCCGACACUCUUUGCCUUCCGCCUGUGCGCGCUGCUGACGCUGAUGUGCCUGUCGAUUGUCUGCGCGGCCAUCCUAACGCUCACGGUGCCCGUGUACAUUGGUCGCCGUCUGAUGGUGCUCUGGACGGGACAACCAGGCGAGAAGGCAGCGGCAGCUGUUGCUGCUGCUGUUCCUGCCGCUGCGCCAGAGGGCGCACCGCUGCCCGUUGUGGAUCCCGAGGCGAUCCGGAAGAACGAGCGUUUGCUGCGCGCCCAUGAGCUCUACACCGCGGAGAUUGGCGGCUACUUGUGCUGGAUUGUGCUGCGCGGCGUGGCUGUGGUGGCCACCCUGCUGCCCCAAGGACGCACGGCAAUUGUGAACAAGCUGAAGCAAUGGGCCUCCGUGACGCUGCAGUAUGCGCUGCCCGUGAUCACGCUGGUGGGCAUCUUUGUGCUGGUGCCGCUGCUGUUUGGACUGCUGCUGGAGCUGGUGGUGGUCAUACCGCUGCGUGUGCCCCUGCUCAAGACGCCGAUACACUUCCUGUGGCAGGACUGGGCGCUGGGCAUGCUCUACACCAAAAUAGCCAUUGCCCUGACCCUCAUGGGGCCCGAGUGGCAUCUGCGACGUGCCCUGGAGCGCGCCUACACGGACGGACUGCGAGAUUUCGAUCUGAAGUUCGUGAUGCGGGAUCUGGCCGUGCCAGUGGUGACCACCUUUGGACUGGCCCUGGCCAUACCCUAUGUAAUGGCGCAGAUGGUGCUGCCCAUGUUCUUUGUGAAUCGCUACACGCAGCAUUACAUCUAUCGGCUGGUGUAUCCCGUCAGCUUUGUCGUCGUGGGCACCAUCUGUUUUGUGCUCUUCCAGAUCAAGCAGCUGAAGAAGCUGUAUCUAUCGAUCAAGGUGGACAAGUACUUGGUGGGGCAGCGUCUGGUCAACUACGAGAAUCGCAAGAAGCAGCAACAGCAGGAGGAGGAGCAAAAGGCACGCGAUCUCAAGGAGCGUCGCGAAAAGGAAAAGGAACUUGUGGCCAACCUCUUGGGUGUGGAUAUGGCAGAGGUGCCCGAGGAGUAUGCCGAUCUGUACGGUGACCGGGACGGGGAACCCAAUCAGGUGCGCGUCUUAAACCGCAUUAGGCGACGCGACCACCUGAUACGCCCCGCACCGCUAGCAGAUGCCAACGAGGAGCUGCUCUAAUGUAGAAAAAAAGAAAAAGAAAACCAACUGACAAGCAAAUCUUCAAGUGAAAUAUACAAAAAACAAAUUCCUUUUCCUGCUUUGCGCUGCACACUGGUUUUAUUGUUUUUUGGCUUAGUUAAACUUUCAAUUGUUGCAACUGAUGCAAUUGUUGAGAAGCCCCUCCUCCCCCUUGGACCGUGUGUGUCGCUUCUAGCACCUAAAAAGAAAACCUUCAUCUACUCCACUGAGACUUCAAUGUAUUUAAGUAGCUAACCCCCCCCCGGCCCAGCCCCCUUACAUAGUGUAGAAAAAAACGAAAAUUGUCAUCAUAUAUGGCUCAUAUUUUAGACCCUUACACAACCUUUCUUGCGAACUGUCUAAAGAUUAUGCUAAAAUUUACCAAAAACCAAAUUUCAAAUUAGAACAACAAAAACGAAUACACAAA